AUGUCUAGUGGCUCAUCAGAGAAGGAGGAAGAUGUGUACGUGGAGUCAGAAUAUGUGUUGACAGCCCCAACAGACAACCAGACUUGGAUGGACUGGUUUAUUGGCUGCAAUCCGUUUGCGGGACGGCCGGCAGUGGAGGGUCAGAAGGAUGAAGGCGGUGGUGUCAUGGACGAGGAUGACCAGCGAGAGCGCAUGAUCCGGAAGUUCCGUCCAGAGGUGCACGAGGCUCUGCAGGUCUUGCGAGACGUUCCGAAGCGCCUGCGACCGCGCACGACGUUUACAACACCGUACCGACCGGUGGCAGGGAAGCGCCAGAUCUCCUUGCUAACUGGUGAGUUGGACGUUGAUAAGAUCUUCACUAAAGUCAUUUUGGCAGUUCCGUUCAAUGCUAACCUCAACAUUGCUUAUGCCUUGUUCUGGGGUCUUACUGCUCUUAAAGGUUAUGAAUUCGAACACCGUAGUCUGGUCGAAAGUCGGGUUGCAGUACUCAAAUUUGAAGGGACAAGAACAAACCGAGAACCGGGAGAGGAAACUAGUUCAGGAGACAAGAACGGAUCGGCCACAAAGGAAAGCUUGAGUAUGCUCGCUUCCAUGCACCCCACCCUCAGACUAUACAAACUGAUUCGGUCAGUUGUGGUUAAACAUGUUGACGACUGUGUGGGAGACCUCACCGAUAUCCUCUCUGCUGAAGAGGCAACCGAGUUCCACUUCGUACUUCUUAGCAGCAGCACAACCACCGUUCUCGUGGCCGUAGAUGUAGAUAAAAGAUGCUCUGUAUUUGACGCCGGUUCCGUAUCACCCACACAAAAGGCCGUCAAAUACAGUCUAGGUGGAACACCACUCAGAACUCCAUGGGCGGACCGAUAUAAGAUUAGAGAUGCCAGUGUUACCAGUUUCGAAGCAGCGGAUCAAGUUGUCUCUUACAUUGCCAGUCUGUUCGCUCAUGACCCAAUAAAAUCGGCUGGGCGAACAUAUUUGAUGUGGCUUUUGAACACGCACGGAACCUAUGAAGAGGCGGACGCAGAGGAGGAGACUAACACAAAGAACGAGACACGACAAGAGCACGAUGAGGAUGUGCGUCACACGUUCUUGAAUCUUGAACGAGGCGGUCUUCAUUAG